AUGGCGUCUAGCGCUUUUGAAACGUACUGGAAGGUUCUGACCGACAACUUCACAGACUUCCAGCUGGCGACCAUCGGAAGCUUCCUGAUUCACGAGUGCGUCUUUUUCAUGUCCGGGCUUCCUUAUCUGAUCCUCGAGAAUCUAAAUGUUCGAAAAUACAAACUCCAGAAAAGGUCGAAUCCGGCAUCAUCACAGAUCAAGUGUGUGUUGAAGCUGCUGAUGUACCACUGCCUGGUCAACCUACCGCUGAUCAUGGCGUCUUACCCAGUCUUUAAGUACAUGGGCUUCAGAAGCACGCUUCCCCUCCCGCACUGGAGUACCAUCGUCACCCAGAUCGUGAGCUAUUUCUUUAUCGAGGAUUUCGUGUUUUACUGGGGGCACCGUGCGCUGCACUCGAAAUGGCUGUACCAGAACGUCCACUGCGUCCACCAUGAAUACGCGACGCCGUUCGGGUUGACAUCGGAGUACGCGCAUCCCGCGGAAAUCCUCUUCCUAGGGUUCGCCACCAUUCUCGGCCCCGCCCUCACUGGCCCACAUCUGCUCACCCUCUGGCUCUGGAUGAGCCUUCGAGUCCUCGAAACCGUUGAAGCACACAGUGGAUUCGAAUUCCCCUGGAGUCCGUCCCGCUUCAUUCCCCUCUACGGCGGGGCGGAGUACCAUGAUUAUCAUCACCGCUGCGUGUACACAGACUCAGGCAACUAUUCGUCCACGUUCAUCUACAUGGACUGGAUCUUUGGGACCGACAAGAAUUACAGGAGAAUGAAGGCUUUGAAGGCAGGCACUGCCAAGGACGAGGCUCCUACUACCAAUGCUGGCGGCUCGCCGGCUGAUGCGGCGAUGACUGGGCCGCUGCCGUCGCCAGCCAAUCGCACGCGCUUCAAGACGCCGGAAGGGCGAUACUUGCUGUCGCACGAGAAGGUUCACCCUGCCGGCCUUAUCCAGUACACCCAUCAGCGCAAUCCCACCAAGAUCACAUUAGCGCAUCUAGAAGACCGCCCUCCGCCCCUCCCCCCUCCGUCCCCGUCACCGGUUGCCACGUCAGCUGGUUCCAGAUUCGCCAAAAACUUCUUAGGAGCAGGAAGCGGCACGCGCGGACUGCCCUUCGGCGGCGGAAAUGGCCGUCAAUCAGCAGCGGCGCCAGCAGCCAGUGGCGCGUCCGCGGGCACGGGGACUGCAGGGGGGAGCAAUGGGGCGGUGGGGGGAGCAGGCGGAGCGGGAGGGGCGGGGGAGAAGGAGAAGGCAGGGGGCGAGGGCGAGGGGUCGUACGUGAUCUUUAACGUUGGCGAAUCACUCUUUGUCGCGGACGCCAACAGUACAGACAAGGAGCCACUGAAGGCGCUGCAGUUCAUGGGGGCGAGCGGGCUGUGCCACGCGUUUGACGGUGCUGUGGCAAGCAGGGACGCACAGGGCACGGCGGGCAGGGACACUCAUGACCUGUUGAUUGCCACCACUGCAGGCGACAGCCGAGAUGGGCUGUUUGUGACAGCGCAUGCGGAUUGGAACGUGUAUGUCUUUGACAAGCACCGGGACGGCACCACGGAGCCAGGCUUCCCCCCCAUCAAGGACGCGCAUGCGUUCUCCACCGCUCAUGCGCGCUCCAACAAGAGCAACCCGCUAGCGCGGUGGCACAUAUCGCCCUCAGCCAUCAACGCCCUCGCCUUCUCCCCUUCAGGCUCGCACAUGGCCACCGUCUCCCGCGAUGGCUACCUACGAGUGUUUGACUGGGAGCGGGAGGCCCUAGAGGGAGGGUGCAAGAGCUACUAUGGCGCGUUCCUGUGCUGCGCCUUCAGCAGUGACGGACGGCUGGUGGCGGCAGGCGGGGAGGACGAUUUGGUGGCCCUGUGGGACCGCCACUCGCACGCCGUGCUCGCCUGGUGCGAGGGGCACUGCUCCUGGGUGACAGCAGUGGCAUUCGACCCCUUCCUCUCCAUCACGCCUCCCCCACCCUCCACCAUCGCCUCUCCACCCUCCACCACCGCGGCUACUUCCUCCGCCACUCCCUCUUCUGCCUCCCCCAUCCCCACCAGCAGCGCCACCACAGGCAGUGGUGCGGGUGUGGGGGCGGCAGUGGCCUCGGGUGGUGCGGAGGGCAGCUACCGGCUGGGGUCCGUGGGGCAGGACACGCAGCUGCUGCUGUGGGACAUAGCUCUAGACGACGUGGUGCUCCCCUUGCGCCUCCAUCCGCACCACCAAUCAGCUGCUGCCACGUCAGCAUCUCACCCUCAUGACGAGGAGCAGCAGCGGUGCUGGUGCCGCCUCCUUCCCGCAAAGACGUGCCAAGAAUAUCGCCAGUGA